AUGUCUUGUGCACUUGUCAUUGGGGCUACCUCCACACUGGGUAAAGCUGUAGUCAGAAGACUCGCGUUCGCGGGCUAUAAAGUUGCUGCAACCGGUGAUUGCCCGAAUAGUAUUGGGAAAGUUGCAGAGGACAACAAAAAGGUGGGCGGAGAUGUGACUGCUUUCUCAAUGGAUGUCACUAAUCCAGAGCAUCGAAAGGAGCUCAUUCAAAAGGCAGCAGAGAAACUGGGUGGCUUGGAUACUCUUGUCAUUGUUCCACCACAAAAUGAAAUUAGAGGAGAAAUAGUGGAGACUUCAGAACAAGAUUUUGACAAGCUCUUCGCCGACAAACUGACUAUUCCUUUCCGUCUAUCACAAGUCGCACUCCCAACUCUCGCUAAAUCAAAAAAUGGUAGUAUCAUCUACAUCACAUCAUGUUUCGGAUUCCAGCCAUCAAUCGACAUGGGUUUAUAUUCAGUUGCAUCAAAUAGUGUACUCUCUCUAACCAAAGCAGUUGCUCAGAGUGCAGCUAAAAAGGGAGUUCGAGUGAAUAGUGUAGUGUCUGGAAUGGUUGAAGGUGAUGGCACUGGUGCUGUAUGGGAUAAUGCAUCUGAAGAAGAGGCGAAACAAAUCAAGCAACAUUUAGAAACUAUGAUUCCAUUGGGAAGACUUGGAAGACCAUCUGACGUCGCUUCUUACGUCGAGUUCUUGGCAUCCAAUAAAUCAAGAUACAUCACCGGCGAGAAUUGUAUAGUUGGAGGAGGUGUCUCAUACCGAUUGUAA